CCCUAUCGUCUUUCUCCUCUUUUCCCAUUCGAUAUUUCGCCGUUCUUCCCCGUCCACCCAGCUCUCGGCCUCCACUCCUUCCGUCCAUCAGCAACUUCUUUGCCACUUCCUUGAACUAAUAUUUGUAGCGGGAAGAAUCAACAUUCCGUUGCAGUCUUGUAAUUGAAUUGACGAAAUCAAUUUGUAGGAAUCGUCACAGCUCGGAAGGGAAGAUGAGGCCGAUAUUGAUGAAAGGGCAUGAGAGGCCGUUGACUUUCCUCAAGUACAAUCGGGAGGGUGAUCUACUCUUCUCUUGUGCCAAGGACCACAAUCCCACUGUUUGGUUUGCUGACAACGGCGAGCGCCUUGGAACUUACCGAGGCCAUAAUGGUGCUGUUUGGACGUGUGAUGUCUCCCGUAAUGCUUCUCUUUCUAAUUUUUUUCACUUUUCAUAUUUUUCCAAUAUGAUAUAUUUAAGCUUGGGUUUGGAAAGGGAGGGGAGUGGACUGGUCGAGUAUAUGGAGGAGGAUGAAGGGUUGAUUUUUAAGAUGGUUUAAAGGCCUAAGAAUAGGGGAGAAAAAGGGGGAUACUGGUUGUGCUUUUUAGGAGGGCCGAAAAUUUGGAAGGGAAAAUAAGAGGGGAAAAGGGAUAAAAACCAAGUAGGUUUUAAGAGAUAUAACACACUCUUAUCCUCACUUGGGGUUUGAGUCUAGAAUUUAAUUAAGAUAUUACACACUCAAUUAAAUAACUAGAACCUAA